AUGGUUCACACUACCGACAUCAUCCUCUACGUCCUCGCCAUCUUCUGGUGAGCAAGCCGCGCGCGUUCAUAGCGCCAACGUUGAGCGCUCGGGCCAAGCUGACCGCAUGAGUGCUUCCUUGACCUGUCUUUGCAGGCCACCUAUUCCCGUAGCCAUCAAGAAGGGAUGCCACACCGAAGUGAUCAUCAGUGUCAUUCUCUGGCUUCUCUUCUGGAUCCCAGGUGCGUCGCUCUGAUUGUCUUCUCAUGUGCACACGCACGAACGCGCUUAUGCUCCGCCUUUGGAUCUCUCUUUGCGCUUUCGUAGGUGUCGUGUACGCAGCGUACAUCAUGUAAGUCACGGUGGGCCUGACCUGGCCUGCCUCCGAAACAGCUCUCGAAGCUCACGCACCUCUCUGUGCAUAAUUCCUUUCUUCAGUCAAAGCAAUCCUGAGGAAGAAUCAUCGCGCAACGGCAGGCGUGAGAAGAACAGGUACUCCAGCAGAUACUAG